AUAACUUUGACAUCAGGCAUCAUGGUGCCCACAUAGUUAUUCUGCAUGGGCUAUCAAUCUCGCUCUAUUUAGAUCUUUAGGGGCAAGUUUUUAACCCUGUCAUGAUCAUGCGUUAUGGUGAUGACUGCUUGGAAGCCUGAACAUAAAAAAGUGUUAUUUUAUUUGUCAGAUUAAAAGCCGUAUUUUGUGUUAUUUGAGUGGCGCCCCAUGGAGAAGGGGUUUAACUUAAACCAAAAUGUGUUUUUCCAAGGAUUAAUCCCCCUUCAAUUAAAAUAAGUAAAUGCAGCCUAUGUCUGAAAGGCUUUCCCGAACGACCGCCUCGGGGAUCUCUACUGUAAUUGCUUCAUGUUUGUUGUCACAAAUGUCAACUGUGUAGAUCAGAACUGAGCGAUAUAUGGAGACUGGAACCUAUCGCAGCCCGACGGAGAGCACACCAGGCGGGCAGGGCAAAGUGAGGACGACCCCUUUAAUCAUUCAUCUACAGGACUACCCUAUCUCCGGUAACUGGUCAUCCAUCUCCAGAGCCGCCACAUUUCAGGGAAAAUAACGUUUCAAUACUCAAGUCAAAUUAGGGAAACCUUUUCUGCGCCCCCGGUUUGCUGUGCGCUCACAGUUCCUGGUGGGGGUCGGACGCGUAGCCCCACUCAGACGCGUUGUGACAGAAACAAGCCUCCGCAUCUGGGAAGACUGAACAAUCUUCUCCUCGCCUCGUAACGACAUUUGAAGCCUCUCCCUUUAUCAAACCAACGGGCAUCAUCGGAUACCAACGACUUAAAAUGACACCUUAAGUCACCCUCUUACCGCGCGCUGGUGUGUGCUGUCUCUGGUAUUAUUUUUCAUUUUCACACUGAGGGCGAAAAGGGGGGAAACAGACAACUCGUACAUCUCCAAGUUUUCGGGUGUCGGUCGCAGUGGAGGGAGUGAAAGGCGAUGGCAGACCGGGCGACAGCAGCGCUCGCUCUCCUGGUUCUCACCUUGGCAACUGCCUUGGGUGCGGAGAUAGAGGAGCGACUGGUGACCCACCUGCUGUCUCCAGAGCGCUACAACAAACUGAUCAGACCUGCUGUCAACAAGAGCCAACAGGUCACCAUCCAUAUACAGGUGUCCCUAGCCCAGCUCAUUAAUGUGAAUGAGAGAGAACAGAUCAUGACCACCAACUGCUGGCUGACUCAGGUAUGGAAUGACUACAGGUUGGUAUGGGACCCAGAAGAGUAUGAGGGCAUAAAGAAGGUCCGCCUCCCGUCUCAACACAUCUGGCUGCCUGACAUCGUCCUCUACAACAAUGCGGAUGGGAACUAUGAGGUGUCAUUCUACUCCAAUGCGUUGGUCUCCAACAACGGAGAGGUGUACUGGCUGCCUCCCGCCAUCUACAAGUCGGCCUGCAAGAUCGAGGUCCGCGACUUCCCCUUCGACCAACAGAACUGCACGCUCAAAUUCCGGUCCUGGACCUACGACCGCACGGAGAUCGACCUGAUCCUGCUCAGCGACUUCGCCAGCCGCGACGACUUCAAGCCCAGCGGCGAGUGGGACAUCGUGUCCCUGCCGGGACGCAAGAACGAAGACCCCUCUGACAUCACCUACCUGGAUAUCACCUAUGACUUCAUCAUCAAGCGCAAGCCACUGUUCUACACCAUCAAUCUAAUCAUCCCCUGUGUGCUGAUCACCUCUCUGGCUAUCUUAGUGUUCUACCUGCCGUCUGACUGUGGAGAGAAGAUGACUCUCUGCAUCUCGGUCCUCCUGGCCCUCACUGUGUUCCUGCUGCUGAUCUCCAAGAUCGUCCCGCCCACGUCCCUAGCUGUCCCUCUCAUAGGGAAGUAUCUGAUGUUUGCCAUGGUGCUGGUCACCUUCUCCAUCGUCACCAGUGUGUGUGUGCUCAACGUGCACCACCGCACGCCCUCCACACACACCAUGCCCCGCUGGGUUAAACGCCUCUUCCUGCACCGCCUCCCCUCCUUCCUGUUCAUGCGUCGGCCGGGCAGCUCCAACAUCCGGGAGAGGUUCCGCCAGAAGCACCGGCAGCGUUCCUACUCCGACCUGAAGCUGAGAGACGGGGCGGUGGCGGUGGCCGCGGGGGGGGUGGGGGUGGCAGGGGGGUCUGGGAUGGGCGGGGCUGACUCCUUCUAUGUGAAUGAGGAGUCGGCCAAGCGGUACGGCUGGAAGAUCAGCGACCUGUCAGAGAAUACAGAGUUCAGGAAGAGGAUGACGGUGAAGUGUCACGCAGAUGUGGAGGAGGCAGUGGACGGGGUGCGCUACGUCGCCGAGAAGAUGAAGAUCGAGGAUAACGAUGAGGGGGUCAUCGAGGACUGGAAGUACGUUGCCAUGGUGAUUGACCGGCUGUUCCUGUGGAUAUUUGUGUUUGUGUGCAUCACCGGGACGUUGGGGCUGUUCAUGCAGCCCCUCUUUCAGAGCUACAACACACCCACGGCAGAUGACCUGGAGCAGAACUGACCUACGACCUUUGACCUGAAACAUGACCCUGACGCCCCCCAACACCCUCAGGGGGAACAACCACCUCGAAGGAAACAGCUACUUACCAACACCUUCAAACAGAACGGUGUCAUUUUGACACACUCACCUACUGUACGCACACAGCACACCCGCCCCCACAAUACCAACCAACGCUCCCAACCUCCCUCUUAAAGGGGUAGUUCACCCAAAUUACAAAAUGACACAUUGCUUUCCUU